AUGAUCCUCACACUCCUCUUCACCGCCGCCCUCGCCUACGUCAUCUGGAGCCUCGCCUGCCUCGAGAGCAACGUCCGCAAGGCCCGCGCCAUCGGCGUCCCCGUCGUCCGCCUGCCCAUCGACGUCCACAACAUCCCCUGGACCACCCUCCAGCCGCUCUCGUCUGGGCCAUCCUCGACCGCCUUCCCGUCCGACACGCACCUCCGCCUGGGCCCCGCUUGGGCGCUCGUCACCCCUAUGGCCAUCCACCUGCAAUUUGCCGACCCGGACGCUAUCCGCGACAUGUUUGCGCGCCGCGAGGACUUUGUCCGCCCCAUCAAGGACUACAAGGUCCUCGAGAUCUACGGCCCCUGCAUCUCCACGGCCGGAUGGGACGACUGGGCUCGCCACCGCAAGCCCCUCGCCGCGCCCUUCAACGAGCGCAUCAUGACCUUUGUAUGGGAAGAGUCUCUCAAGCAGGCGGGCGCAAUGCUGCGCUCCUGGACCGGCGACUCGGCCGCGGUGGCCGGCAUCCCAAGCGUGCAAAAGGACACACGGACCCUCUCGCUCAACGUGCUCGCCGCCACGGGCUUUCACAAGUCAUACGACUUUCACGGCUCGGCAGACGGCCCCGUUGUCGACGACGAGGCGGGCAGCUAUCGUGAUGCGCUGCAAACCGUCCUCGACAACUCCAUCCUUCUCAUACUGGUGCCCUUCCGGUACCUCGGCGCUCCCAUUAUGCCCAAGAGCUGGGCCAAGGUCGGCCGGGCAGCCCGCGUCUUCAAAAAGUACAUGGAGCAGAUGCUCCAAGACGAAACCGCCACCCGGGACCAAGGCAAGCCCGGCUCCGGCGGCAUCAUGACGUCCUUUGUCUACGCCCUCGCCGAGCACGACCUCAACCCCGAGGCGCAAAAUGCAAAGGUCUCCAAGAGCGGCAAGAAGGGCCUCAGUGUCGACGAAAUAUACAGCAACCUCUUCGUCAUCAACUUUGCUGGCCACCACCGCCAACACUCUGGCCUUUUCCAUGACCUGCCCGUCGGCGAGUGGGAUUACAAGACGCGCUUCCCGGAGCUCAAGCGCUGCCGGGCUGUCCUCCUGGAAACGCUGCGGCUCCACCCCCCCAUCAUGGCGCUCCCCAAGUGGACGUUGAAGAAGGCACAAACGCUUACCGUGGGCGGGCAAGCGCUGGUAAUCCCCCCGGGCAUCAGCACCAACCCCUACCUGAUCGCCAUCCAGACCCACCCCAAGUACUGGAGGGAUCCUCGGUAUUUUACCAGCUUGAUAGAUCCGUACGCCUGGCAGCCGUCACGGUGGAUCUCGAACCCGGCAGCCUCACCGGACGCAAUGGCUGAGGAGAAGGUUGUCGUGCCGCUCAAAGGUACCUACUUCCCCUGGUCCGACGGCCCGCAAAACUGCCCCGGCAAGAAGUUCGCCGAGGUCGAGGCCGUCGCUGUGCUGGCCUGCUUAUUCAAAACACACCGCUUGCUGGCCAAGAAGGACGCCGGGGAGAGCGACGAGUCCGCGAGGAAGAGAGCCCUGGCCUGUGCAAACAACGUUGACAUGGAGAUGCUGCUGAGGAUGGUGGACGCUGGUCGGACAAGGCUCAUUUGCAAGGAGGCUUAG